AGAAAAUCACGAUUAAGAUGUUUGGACAGGUUGUUAUAGGGCCUCCGGGGUCUGGGAAGUCGACCUACUGCCAUGGGAUGUACCAGUUUCUUUCUGCCAUUGGAAGGAAGCUGUGUAUAGUGAAUUUGGACCCUGCCAAUGACCGAUUACCUUAUCCAAAUUGUGGACUUGAUAUACGAGAUUUUAUAACGUUGGAGGAGAUUAUGGACGAGUUGAACUUGGGGCCCAACGGAGGGUUGAUGUACGCCUUGGAGAGUUUGGAUGAAAGUGGUAUUGAAGUGUUUAUGAAGAAGAUUGAUGAUUUGAUCAAGGAUCAAAAUUAUCUUAUAUUUGAUUGUCCGGGGCAAGUUGAGUUGUUUACGCAUCAUAACUCAUUAUUCAAGAUAUUCAAGAAGUUGGUCAAGUCCCAAGAUACUCGACUUUGUGUUGUUUCAUUGGUUGAUCUGAUUUAUUUGACUAGUCCAUCCCAAUAUAUAUCAAUUUUACUAUUAAGUUUAAGAUCGAUGCUUCAAUUGGAUCUCCCUCACGUGAAUGUCAUUUCAAAGAUAGAUAAGUUGAACACGUACGGAGAACUACCUUUUAGAUUAGAUUAUUAUACCGAAGUUCAAGACUUAGAUUAUCUAACUCCUCAUUUAGAGAAAGAAUCCAAUUCGGUAUUGGGACAAAAUUAUGUUCGCUUAACCCAAAUGAUUGCAGAAAUGGUCGAGGACUUCAACUUGGUAUCUUUUGAAGUUCUAUCGGUUGAAAAUAAACAGUCCAUGAUUAACCUUUUAAGUAUUAUAGAUAAAGCAAAUGGUUAUAGUUUUGGUAGCAGUGAAGUUGGUGGUGAUACCAUUUGGAGUGAAGCUACUAGACAAGGAGGGAUGUCGGAGUAUUUGGACAUCGAUAUCCACGAACGUUGGAUCGAUCAUAAAGAAGAAUACGACGAACAAGAAAGAAAAGAACAAGAAGAACUACGUAACUCAGUUAUAGAUCAACAACAACCAAAAUUAACCGAAGACGAAGAAUGGGAAAUGGCUCUUCAAGAUUGGGAAAACAAAAGAGGUGGAGAUGCACUUCUUCGUUAAUUAUAGACCUUGUAUAUUAAAAAAAAUAUGUAUUUAAUUAUUGAACUAAUUCUUUAGCAGCAC